UUGAGCGCGGCGGGCGCGUGCGCCCGGCAGGGUCUCGCGCUCGGCCGGCUCGGGCGCUUCCCGCGUGAGGGAGAGGAGCUCCGGGGAGGCCUGGGGGCCAGCGCAGAGGUGGGCUCUCGUGACCGGCGGGGCGGGGAAGACGGCUUCUUUGAAUAGCUAGCAUUGAGAGCACAUUGAAAGCUUUGCCGAUACCGCACUUAUCCUCACUCCCCCUCCCCCCCGAGCUGACGACCAUGAGUGAAUGGAUGAAGAAAAGCCCAUUAGAAUGGCAAGACUAUGUAUAUAAAGAAGUCAGAGUGACAGCUAGUGAGAAGAAUGAAUAUAAAGGAUGGGUUUUAACAACAGACCCAGUCUCUGCCAAUAUCGUCCUUGUGAAUUUUCUCGAAGAUGGCACUGUGGCUGUGACUGGAGUCAUGGGACACGCUGUGCAGACUGUUGAAACUUUGAAUGAAGACAACCAGGAAGUGAGAGAGAAACUGAUCCAUAUGUUCAUGCCAGAAGAGAGUAAGGCCUACAACCCUGAGGACCUGGAAAAAAGGAAGAUCAGCCUGAAGUCCUGGCUGGAGAAGAAUCACAUCCCCAUCACUGAACAGGGAGAGUCACAAAGCACCCUCUGCGUUGCUGGGGUCCUGACCAUAGAGCCACCCUAUGGACCUGAAGACUGCAGCAGUUCAAAUGAAAUUAUUUUGUCUAGAGUUCAGGAUCUUAUCCAGGGACAUCUUACAGCUUCCCAGUGAGACACUAAAACCUGUUGCUCAGCUUGCAGAAAGAAAGACUUAAUUUUUUUUCUUAGUAAAGUUUGUUGAAUAUUAAGCCCUUAAUCUUCUGGAGUUCUUUGAGUACAUUUUGUGCUUUUGAAAACUUUGGUGUUGCAAGUGAAUGCAGAGAUUCAGUUGCCCAUGGUAUGCUCUCUGUGUUUGGGAUAUAGGAGAUCUGGGAAGGGAGAGACUCACAGGCACACGGAAGCUCCUAUUUGUACGAUCCACUUUUGUGAUGUGGGUCCUUACUCCUCCUUUGUUAACCAAGAGAUAAUGAGUAAGUACUGGGGGAAAUAUGAUCUGAGCCGAUAGAAAAAGUUGUCACUGCAAAGCACAGCCUAUAAAUUAAUUUUUAUGGGGAGGGGAAGGAAACGUCAAGAUCUGUGAUUUUGUGAUUAUAUGGAACUUCAUUUCACUGAUGUAGAAGAAUAACUCUGCAUCUUCAAGUCUUAAGAGAAUUGCCAACAGACUCAGAAGUUAAAUGACUGGCCAGGGGUCACACAGCUAAUAUGUGUAAAAGGCAGGAUUUGACCCCAGGUCUUCCAAAUUCUAGGGUUAGCUCUCUGCUAUUCUUUUAUCGUAUUGCUUUGAUUCUAUUCACAUUGAAUAUUAUUAGUAUUUUGGCCUUUUAUUGAUUGUCUAUAUUCUUAGUAUAAUGGCCACUUUAAUUACAGUACUUGAAUAUUUUUUCAGGUUGAAACUUCUCACCUUUGGUUGACCAUUAGGAAAAUCUGCUGUCCUUGACUCUUAUAAUUCUAGAAUUGUUUGGUGCCCUUAAACCAGUCAGAUUCACUGGUUAAUAAUAGCAGUGGAAAUUACUCUCAAAGGAGAGUAAGAACUUGAGUCUAAGAAAAAAGUAUCAGAAAUUACCUUCUUUAUUAUCUUUAUUAGGGUCUAUGGGAAGAUUGCUGGUAGGCAGUCACUAAUGCCUAACCCAGGGGGAUGGGAGGUAGGUUUUUGUGUUUGGAAAUUAAUAAACUGAAGACAUAAUUUCCAGCAACUACUAAGUAGUUAAGUAGUUUUAAUAAUCUGUUUGCAAAUAAAACCCAAGGGCCCCAGGAUGAAUGAAUUGACUUCACCUUAGAAAGCUGCUUUCUAGAAAUCAUUUCUUUGGGACUAUUUUCAAUUUACUCUCCAUUUUCAAGUCUGUAGUGACUCCUGGGAUCUUCCCUUUUCCCUAUUUCCUCCUAUUUCCAAAAAGAGUUAACAUCUCACAUAAAUAACCAGUGGCUGGUCUCAGUAUCCAAGGUUGUCUUUGACUAUCCUUGCAUUGUGAAGGAGUGUUGAAUGACCUCCAAAACCAAAAGUCAAAGAUUAUAUGAUUCUUACAAGAAGAAAGUCUUUACUCAUUCCUAUAUGUGGAUAUAGGAAUCCCCUCUCUCCAGUGCUUUCUUCUAUGGCUCUUUUAGACCAGUGAUUUUCAACUUAAAUUUUGACAAGGUCUCUGGUUUUCUGUUGUUCCUCUAAAAUGCUAUGUAUUUUUAAAAAAUGCAUUAAAAUUUAUUUUGUUUUAAAAA